GCAAUGCAGCCUUAUAUGGAGGUACGCAAUAUCGACAAGAUAUUCGAUGAACUAAAGGCGGUUCAUCAAAAUAUCAAUAUAACGUGGCUGGGCAUUGGCAACAUGCCAAAUAUGGGGAUAUUUUUUGUUCGUGGUGAAUAUAUUACGAGAUAUAAUGAGAACAGUAAUAAGACAAUUAUCAAUUGGGCAUCCGAAACAAAAUUAAAUAAUGCAGCAGGUGGUCAUCCGCUGUUGUCCUGGGCAAAUUUAGAGCAUGACAAACGCAUCUUGACCAUUUAUUUUGCAAUCGAAAAUUUUACCCGAGCUCAUGAUGGAUUGGCGUAUAGUGGCUACAAAUUUAUCGUCCCAUACAGUUCGUUUUAUACGGUCGUUGUGGACUGUAAUUCAGAUGCAAGCGAAGGUGACAAUUACGUCUACAUCUGCUUACGACAUCCACCUCAGUCAGUUCUGGCUGGAUCACUGUGGCUGGGUUUUUCAAUACCAAAAGGAGUUGUAAAGCCGCAGAAUAUGUUUCCGGAUGAGACUGUCGAAUGGCAACGAAGGGCACGUGAUGCGGAUUUGACGCCGACAAAACAACUGUUCGAAAUUCUAGCGCGCUGGAGUCGACGAGCCAAAUGCCAAAUACAGUUUGCCGCAGUGCUGAAAGUACCGCGACGAGAAAUCAAUGCAGAUGUGCCAGAUUUGCCAUCGUUCAGAGCAAACUAUGCAGUGCAGGCGUUGUUAAGCAGAGGCAGUGUUGUAAAGGACCAGCUCUUUGAUGUUUCGCUUUUCUUCCGCGAUUUCUUGUUUAAACGAAUCCAAUACGCAGCUGAGGAAUGUUUGCUUGCCUGCGAAGAAACAUUGGAUUGUGCUUUGGCGGCAAUUGAUGAAAGGCGUCGCAUAUCGUUUCUGAAUUUCUUUGAGCAUGUCUACAUGCAAAAAUUGAACCUCUUUCGAAGGAUAUCAGCUGGUGAGGAGGACAUUGACUGCAUAUUCGACCUGCCUCAUAACUGCGUCUUUAUCCGAAAGAUUUUGGCAACACCGCUACGUUUGCUGUUACUUCCUCCGGAGGUGAUGAUGACCAAUCGUGUAGUGCGCCAUUUCGGUGAGGAGUAUGCAUUACGGUGUGUAUUCCGAGAUGAUAACGGACAGCGACUGGUACCAAAGGAAUUCACGCGAGGUCGUGCUUUGCAGGAUCAGUCGCUGAUGAUUCCCGAUCUUGUCUAUCGAGUGCUUGGAACGGGUCUUCGCAUUGCAUCACGACAUUAUCAGUUUCUUGCUUGGUCAAAUUCACAGAUGCGUGAUGGCGGGUGUUAUUUGUAUUCGGACUCGGUGGUUUAUGAUAAGAGACGUGGUGCAAUUGUUUAUACGAUUGAAGAUAUCAGACGAUGGAUGGGCGAUUUUACGACUUCAAAAAGUGUACCGAAAUUGAUGUCACGCAUGGGACAGUGCUUCACUCAGGCGCAGGUAGUUCAAGUUAACCCUUUUUCACUUAUACUAAUUUUUAUCGAAGAAACGCGAAAAUUUUAUAGUUCAAGAGUUAUCAAAAUCUUCGGUUUGUAUGUGUGGCGAUUCAAAUACUGA